GCAUUGAAUUACUCCUAUUGACCAUCGUGAAGUCGUUCUGCACCCGCAGUUCGCACGUCCACGAUCGCCGCUCCACAUGCUGGUCACCAGCAUAAGCGGCGUGUCAAGAAUGGAGCCGUUGUAGCCCCCACGGAUGGAAUCAUGGAACAUACUUGGACAAUAAGAAUCCGACGGGAGAGUUCACGAUUCAUCGACAGUUGGUGGUUGCUGAUUGGAUGCUUCGCGUAUAAACUGCAGGAUUGUCGCAACUAGGCGCGCAUAGCAUUCCUGCGUUGAUAUCAUCAGGGACCCCACUAUCUGAGUGGCACAGAGACAGACAUCCAUCUUCUAACUACCACAGAGUGUUCAAUUCCACCAUGGCACCUCACGAACAACCCCUUCCUUCUGCAAUUCCCAAGGCCGCACCACAGGACCAUCACCAGUCAAGCAACUCUCCACCCCUUCCCGAACCUAAGCUUCGUCUCCAACUAAACCAUCUACGCCAUCCCGCUUCUAAAGCCUUCCUUCAGCUGAUACCCGACGUUGUAUCCACCCUGGAAACAGCCCUGAAGAACAUUGUCCAAAACCUCUAUACUUCCAACUCCAAGGAAACCGCUUUCACUCCGUCUGUUCCUCCAACACGCUCCGUAACGGUUAUCCUCCACGACUUUGGUGGUGUCGCUUAUACUACCGGCAAAGAACUCGACAAUGAUCACAAGGAGAUCCACUUUUCGCUCUCUUAUAUCCAGACCUCUGCAGCAUCCUCAAACGCCGUGAAUGAGCUAACCGGGGUCCUUACUCAUGAGCUAGUCCAUUGCUACCAGCAUACGGCGCCCCCUCCACCCGAGGGCAAUGGUGUCCCUUCUCCUCCCGGGGGUUUGAUCGAGGGCAUUGCGGAUUUUGUUCGUCUCAAGGCUGGGCUGGAACCACCGCAUUGGAAACAACCUACUUCUGCCAAGGAUAGACCGGACAAAUGGGAUCAAGGAUAUCAGCAUACCGCGUUCUUUUUGGCGUGGCUCGAGGACGUUCGCGUUGGGAAGGGAGCUGUCGGGUUGCUGAAUGACCGACUGCUGCGGGUUGGAUACACGGAGGAGACAGGAUUCUGGAAGGGGUUAUUCGGGGUUGGCGUUCGGGAGUUGUGGGAGGAUUAUGGCAAGUAUCUUGAUACCCUGGAAAAGUAACCAUUGGUCUACUAGAUUGUGAAGUUCCAAUGCAGUUGCAGCUUAGGUGUUGGCGGGGAUGGAUGAACAAUUCUUGUUUGAACCUUUAAUAUCAUUUGACACAUUUGACCGGUACAUCUAUCCUAUACUAGUACCUAGACAUAUAUUGUCUGUCCACAAACUUCAUCUUCAUGGGCCAUAUCCUGGCUUAAAUAAAAGGGACCUGGUCAAAACGAGAA